AUGCCUGCGCCUUCCAAACAGCUGGUAGUCCCAGCCCCUUGGGACCAGCCUCAUGUACCAAAGAAGGUCUACACUAACUGUCGCCAUCGGCUCAACGACAUGGAUGCCGAACGGCAAAGGUCCCCAGUUAGGGUCAACGCACACUUGCGGGACUCACGGAUGAGGGUCCUUGGAGACAAAUCGCCCCUCAGAAAGGUCCAGGGGUUGGGGUCGGAGGCAGAAUCUGACGGCGAGUAUGCCCCCUCUAAGGGCACCGAGUCACACUACGGUUCGAAAACUCCCACGGAGUAUUCGAAGGCAAGAGCACCAAGUCCGAGGAGAGCCUCCGAAGACUAUAUUUCUGAGGAGAUCCCAAGCCGAGACCCUGCAAUCCGCCUGCUCUUCCAGAGAAUCCAGAAGAUGGAGGACGACCGAACCCAGUCCCAGGAGCCUGACUGGGGGAAACUUCGGCCGGGACCCUUUACCGAGCGCAUCAAGAAGUCCAGACCGGACAGGGAAGUAUAG